AUGCAGUUCUAUUCGACAGUUCUUGUUGUGAUCGGUAUUGUUGGGGUGUCUGCAAUGGAAAGUGGCGUACAUCAAUUGCCAAUUAAGAUGUUCGAUGAUCUUGAGCAGGAACUUCGACCGUUAGUGGUUGAUUCAAACCAACUUUCUACGGAUGGAUACAAAGUCUAUCCCGGACAGUUCCCGUACCAUGCUCGGUUGUUUACUGAGCGUGAUGGUAUAUCUGGAACUCUUCUGACUGCCGGGUCCCUCAUCACACCGAAUUACAUUUUAACGCUUGCGACGGCCAGAAAUGUAAAUACUUAUGGAUAUGCGAUUUUGGGUAUCGACGAUGGAAGCACCCCAGAAACGCAGCAGCGUAUCAACUUCACCCAAGGCGGUGUGCAGCUACAUCCCAUCCACGACAUCGCUACAGUUCGCCUAGAUCAUCCAGUUACCUUCACGAAGUUCGUGCAGCCGAUUCGUUUGCCCAGCCUAUCGGACUCCCGUACGUAUGAGAUGAUGGAGGGCACAAACGUUGGAGGACAUCUCGAACCAUCGAGAUAUUUGCGUAAUCAGAUAAUGUCGAUCGAUGAUUGUCAGAAGGAACAUCCUUAUCGUUCCAUAAAUUCUAAUCAUAUUUGCACGAAUGCAAACAUAGGAGGAGUGUUUACUAGUAGAGUAUACGGUUCUGGGUUGAUGGUUAAGCAUGAGAAUGGGCCAAUACUGGUUGGAAUUACGUCUUCAAUUUAUGGAUGUGACAUGAACUAUCCUACGGUUUAUGAACGUGUAUCUGAACAUCGUGACUGGAUCAGUGAGAACUCGGACUAUGUGUUUGAUUUUUAA